AUGGCUGCGACCGCGACAAAAGUUGUAGGAGCCGCAAAGGACAUAUCACCUCUUUAUUAUAGAAUGCUAUCAAAGUUUCCUCAAAACUUUACCUUUUGCUUUGCUUAUGGAUCUGCUGUCAAACCUCAAAUUGGAAAUGAGAAGAAACAUAACAUGAUUGACUUGAUUUACUGUGUAGAUAACUCUCAUAGAUGGCAUGGUGCAAACCUUGAAAUUAACCCCUCUCAUUACUCUGCUCUUCGUUUCUUGGGCAAAGGAUUUAUUGCAAAGUUUCAAGAAAAAUGGGGUGCUAAGGUCUAUUUUAAUACCUUGGUUGAGAUGAAAGAAGAAAAUGUUACAAUUAAGUAUGGAGUUGUGUCACAAAAAGAUUUAAUAACAGAUCUCCUGGAUUGGAACUACCUCUACCUGGCUGGUAGACUGCAUAAACCUGUAGAAAUAAUCAAACAAACAAAAACUUCACAACUGCAAAAUGCACUUCAGUCAAAUUUGAGAUCUGCAGUGCACACAGCUCUACUGAUUUUGCCUGAGACAUUUUCAGAAUAUGAUUUUUAUUUUGCCAUAUCAAAUCUUAGUUAUGCUGGAGAUUUUCGCAUGACUUUUGGUGAAAAUAAAAAUAAAGUGAGGAAUAUAGUUCAACCCCAGUUGCUCAGUUUUAGAGAAUUAUAUCGUCCAAUAUUGCAACAUUUCCAUGCUUAUGUUGAUUUUCCAACCGGGGAUGCACAAUGCCAUCAAGAUUUAAGUCCAAAAACUAAACUGCAUCAUCUAAUGCAAUUGCCUAUGGUUCCACAACAAAGAAUUGUUAAGUUCUGGAAUCAUGGUGGACCACAACAGGAUAUGGAGGAUGUGUUGAGAGCAGUUGCAUAUGACAUUGAUUGUGCUGUUAUUUUAAGACAGAUACUAAAAGAUUUAGUUUGGCAAUCCAGUGUACGACAAUCUUUAAAAGGCAUAGCCACAGCAGGUCUUCUAAAAUCUAUUCGGUACAGAAAAAUGUUAUCUGAUGAAUCAAGCAGUGAUUCAGAAACUGGCCGCUUUAAAUGCCAAACAAACAAGCAAGAUGGUCACCAGAGAAGGGAUGAAACUAGGUCUACAAAUAGAACAAGAUCUCCUGGUAGAAACAAGCACCCUGUUAAUAGAUAUGAUAAGGGUUUUGAUAGAAAAAAAGAUGAUAGAGAUAGAUUUCAUAGAGAUAGACACAGGCAUGAAAGGUAUUCUCCUAUAAGGUCUAGGUAUCCUAGAGAUAGAAGUAGAGAGAGAAGAUCCCAUGAGAGACAAAGAGAGAAGGAGAGGUCAAAGCAUAAAGAUUUUAGUCUAAAUAGAGAUCAAAGGAGAAGUUCAAGAUCCAGGUUCUCGAGAUCUCCUAUGCACAACAGAAAUGUAAAAGAUGAGAUUAAAAAUAUCAUUGUUUCAGACAAAACUACUGAUAAGUAUGAUAGGAAACCCAGAGAUGAUAGUCCACCAUCUCCUAUUCACACUGUCAAGAGGUCUGAGGUUUAUAAACCUCAAGAGCAACCAAAAACCAGGAAGAGUGAAAGCCCUGUUGUUAUUGAUCAUGACAGUCCUGAUGAGGAAGUACAACUAGGAUCAUAUUAUAGCAUGAUACCAGCUGUUGUAAAGGAAAAAUCCGAAGAAUCCAGUGAAAUUGAUUCAUCUGAUGAUGAAAAGCUUCGUGCCAAGCUCUUAAAUUUAGAAAAAGAACUUCACAAAACCAAAAAGAAGAAACAUAAGAAAAAACACAAGAAGAGAAGUUCAAAGUCAAAAGAUAAAGUUUUGGAUGCAAUAUCCGUUGAAGUUACCAGUACAACCGAUAUACAAGAAGUGCAAAAUGAGCAUAAAACUCAGUCAACAGAAGUUUCGUCCACACAAAAAAAUAAUCGUAAAGACAGCAGCGAGGAAGGAGAAAUAUUAAGUGAAGAGGAGUUUGAUUCCAAUGACCUGAGACACAAGCUAAAAAGAUCAAAAACAGCACAAGAACAGCCUAAAUUAGAUGCUUGUGGUCCCGCACUGCCGCCACAUUUGCAGAAACGCUAUACUAAGAGUGCCUCUCCCGAUAAUGUUUCAAUUAAAUUAUCAACUGAAAAGGUCAGAAAUAUUGGACCAACUAUACCAUCUGACAUGCGAAAAGUGCUUGCUGAACAAAGCCCAGAAUUGAUAAAAGAAAGUUCAGAUGAAGAUGGCAUCGGUCCUUUACCCGCUGGCGCUGAAGAAAAAUGGUCAGAGGCUCAUCAAAAAUUGGAAGAAAGGGCAUAUGAAAUUAAGAUCAAGAAAUUGGAAGGGCAAAGCAUGAAAGGCAAGGAUGUGAAUCGGGAACAAUGGAUGCUUGAACUGCCGGAGGGAAAAACUAAGUUUUUAGGGCUUGAGGCUCGUGGAUUCAGAGCAAAAGCGGGACCGGAUAUGUCUGACAGAUCCAGCUGGACAGAUACUCCAGAAGAUAAAGCUCGAAAGGCAUCGGGUGUGGUUGAGGAAGAUCCUUCGGAAACUUUACAACGAGAAGCGAAGGAUCGGCAGGUGUCAAACAGAGAUGAAGAACAAGAACAAGCUGUGAGGUAG